AUGGGCACACCACAAAGUACCCCUGUGGGAACUCCUCGUGGAACGAGAGAUGGAGGUGAUUCAUCAGAUACAAUGAGUGAAACAGAUUCCCAGAAAUCUUUAAGAACAAGAAGAAAACUGCCAUCUAUUCCUUCAGAUCAAGAAGCUAUUACUCUUCCAAACACAAAAAAAAGAGAUAGGGUUAAACCAAAAAGUCCGCAUGAUAAAUUUAGCCGUUCAUAUUCUCCAUUGAGGCAGUUUUCAGAUGGGGGUUAUAGAGUAUCUUCAUCAAAUCUGAUGUUACACAGGCCUAGCUCUAGUGAAACAAAUCUCAGAAAAAUUUCUAAUUUUGGUCCAGAAACAGUUCCCAGGCCUGGAUCUGCUCUUGGUCUUCUGCAAGGGUCAAGUGUUGUCAGCAGCAGUGGGAUGCAUGUUGAUUAUAAUAGAGAUUCAGAACUAGCUUCUUGCUUACCACCUGAUCUUCGUUAUUUACUUCAUUCUUAUAAAAGCACAACAGAUGUUCCUUAUACAAAGCAGCAAUUUAUACAAGCGUAUAAGGAACACUUGGGAAGUGAUGUGAAAAUGUCAAUGGCUGAUAGGCGAACUUUAAAUAGAAUGUCAAAUAUUGACUGGGAAACUGAGAGGUUAUUAAGUCGUAACAAAGACCUCUUAAGAAAUCCCAAAAGCAGGCUAGACAUUCAACGUAAAAUUGCAUAUUCAGGAAUUGGAAGGACUAGAAAACUUCGUACCCAUAGAAGGCAAUUAUCAGAUCCUAAGAUACAUUUAGAAAUGAGUCCUCUUAAAGAUUGCAGUGAGGGGCAUUACAAUAGGGGAUAUUAUGGAGUUGUUCAUCCAUCACUUCGACCACCAUAUAAAUCAUUUGAAUACGAAUCCAUUGAUGAUGGGAAACUUUCAGAUUGGGAUACAUCUCAUCCAUAUCUUGCUUCUUAUGCCAUAGCAGGUGGUGCACUUCGAGAAACAGCUAUAAAUAGUGUUUUAGAAAAAGAUCAUAUCAACAGUGAUCAAAUGAGGUAUGAUAUGAGGAGAUACAGUGAUAGCUUGGACAUUAGGCAUCGUGAUGUAGGUAAACAUCAUAAGCCUCGUUCUUGGCAGCCAUCUCCUUAUGGAAGUGAUGAGGAAGAUGAUACUUUAAGUAGAGAACAGAAAAAGGCUAAAAUUAAAGCUGAGAUUGCUCGACGACGUCAGCAAAUUGAAGAGAAUGCAAGGCUACAUGAGGAACUUCUACGAUUAGCACGUUUGAGAGAAAGUGCUGAGUUAGGAUAUGCUCCUUUGGGAAACACACCAACACUGUCUGGUGAUUAUGCUAUGUCAAGUGUAUUGAAGUCCAUUGAUGAUUUGAUAGGAAGAGAAUCUGACUAUGCUUAUCAUAGAACACCUGAAGAUCGUUCAAUGGACAGGAUUGCAUCCACCUUUAGAACGGAUGAUUAUACUUCGGGGGUUUAUGAACGGUUAACAGAUUUUUCCCCUGUAACUGAUUUCAGCACUCCUCAUGCUAUGCCUCUUCUUCCAGAUAUGCCUACAAGAUCUAGGAAAUUAUUAGAAGAUUUAGGCUCUUCCCCUAUAACUGAAUCAGUUCUCACUCUUCCCCAAAAGGCCAAAGCCCUUUUGUAA